AUGCAUGACCGUCAGCUGAAGCGCUCCAUAAAAUGGCUCGAACUCUAUAUUUCCCUCUUCUCCUCAUUGCAAAGUGUCUCUUUCACAGCUCUCUGCUCCAUAUCUGAAUGUGUUCAGCGUCAGUAUCACUUUAUAAAUGAGAACAAGUACUGGGCUGAAGCUCAGAGUUACUGCAGAGAGAAUUAUACAGAUCUGGCCACUGUUGACAACAUGAACGACAUGAUCCAGCUGAACAAGAGUGUGAAAGUGAAUGAUGGAGGUGUCUGGAUUGGUCUUCAGGGUACAAAUGUUUAUAAAUGGCAUUGGUCUUCAGGUGAACUUGUAGUCUAUCUGAACUGGGCAUCUGAACAACCAGCUAGCAAGGAUAAUUGUACUGUUAUAAAAAAUGGACAAUGGAGUGUUAAGCCAUGUAGUAGCACCUUAUUUUUCAUCUGCUACAACAUGAGCAGAGGACUGGUGUUUGUCAAUCAGUCGAUGAACUGGAGAGAUGCUCAGAGUUCCUGCAGACAGAAUCACAUUGAUCUGGUCAGUGUGAGGAACCAGAAUGAGAGUCAACAGCUGGAGAAGUUCAUUAAUGACAGAAGCUUAUCUGAAUCUGAAGUCUGGAUCGGUCUGUUCAGAGACAUAUGGCAGUGGUCAGAUCAGAGCAACUCCUCAUUCAGAUACUGGAAACCUAGUCAACCUUAUGCUCCAGAUGAUAAACACUGUGCAGCAGUUGAAAAGAGUGCUCAGGGACAAUGGGGUGACUACUUGUGUAGUAGCAAACACCAGCUUCCUUUUGUGUGUCAUGAAGAUAAACUGAUUGUGAUCCAGCAGAAUCUGUCGUGGUCUGAAGCUCUGAGAUACUGCAGACAGUAUCAUGUGGAUCUGGUCUCGGUUCAGUCAGUGGAGACGCAGCGUCGUGUGAUGAACGUGGUUAAACUGGCGUCUACUGAGGCGGUGUGGUUGGGUUUACGUCACUCCUGUGCUUUGGGCAUCUGGUUCUGGGUGAGUGGAGAGACCGUGUGCUAUCAGAACUGGGCUCCAGGGAACGGCACAUCAGAGGAGGACUGUGAGCCCACAGUGAGAUCUGGAGCAGUUCAGUCUGGAGGAGAUCAGACCUGGAUCAGUCGUCCUGAAACUGACAGACUCAACUUCAUCUGCAGAAACUACUGAGAGUGAAGAAGUAAGAUGAGGAAUGUGCUCCUUUUUCAUUCAUUAUUGGAUUUUAAAGUAAUCAUUUUACAUAAUAUAAUCAACUUCAAUAGACAUUGAUGCCUUAUGCUGGGUUCACAGCAAGUGUGAAGGAUUGUGGUUUGUCAUUAGAGUAAACCUUCCAUGAACCCAUAUCUAUAUAAUUACCAUCUGACCUCUGAUCAGUUUUACACAUUUGUAAGUAUUUUAAUGACACAUUCGGAAGGUAGAGUUGGUGUAGUUAAACACUUGACCUGAGUAAGCUUUCAGUAAAAAAACAAACGAACAAACAGACAUAACAGAAAUGAAGAUAUUACACAGCACUUAUUAUUUCAUAUAUUAGUUCAUUCAUUUUCUUUUUGGCUUAGUCCCUUUAUUAAUCUGGGGUCACCACAGCGGAAUGAAUCACUAAGUUAUCCAGCAAAUGUUUUACACAGCGGACACCCUUCCAGCCGCAACCCAUCUCUUGAAAAGAUCCACACACAUUCACUCUCACACUACGGACAAUUUAGCUUACCCAAUUCACCUGUACCACAUGUCGUCUUUGGACAUGGACUGUGGGGGAAACCGGAGCACCCGGAGGAAACCCACGCGAAUGCAGGGAAAACAUGCAAACUCCACACAAACGCCAACUGGCCCAGCCGAGGCUCGACCAGCGACCUUCUUGCUGUGAGGCGACAGCACUACCUACUGCGCCACUGCAUCGCCUCAUAUAUUAGUUACGCACUUCAUAACACUGAAUAAACUGUUCACCUCACACAAUUAUUCAAAGCGUUUGGGGUCUGUGGUGUUUUUAUCCUUUAAGACAUUUAAGCUUUAUAAACUCUGUGGUGUAUAAUCAUUUCAAUAACUUUAUUGGGAAAUUAGGGUUGAUAUGGCUUUAAAAUAUUAUGUUAACCAUUAUAUAUUUAAUUUAAUUGAAUAUGAGUUCUCAUAAUUCUUGUGUUUGUACAGGUCCUUGUAUGAUGGUUUUGGGUAUUUAUUUGUUUCACCUAUAGUUUCUUUUAUUACUUCUAUAUAUAAAUGACUGGUUAACUGUGGGUUGCUAAGCAUUAUGUACCUAUGUGAAAUUAAAUAAUGGUUAUUUAAGAAAACCUAAAGUUGGUCAUUGAAAUAUUUACAAUCCUUUGGUGUUAUGAAAUGUACCACCUGGUUCUAUUAGGUAAGUCUUCAGUGUGGAGUUAGUUAGUUUUUGGUUAAUUAUUACUUGCUCAGCCCUGAAGCUAUUUAGUUUCUGCUCUUAUUCUUUGGUUUUCUGUAAAUACAAACUUUUCCCCUUUUCUCACAAUAAAAGAACCUUAAGAUCAUUAAAAUCAAUCCUGUUA